AUGCGCUUCACUCAAGUUACUCUCAUUGCCGUCUUGGCAGCCGCUGUCUUUGCGGCCCCUGUUCCCGACGAAGACCUGGAUAUUGGCUUGGGUGGUUUGGGUGUUGGCUUGAAGCGUGAUCAAGCUACCGAAGAUGGCGGCAUCGGCGUCGGCGUCGGCGGUGGCGUCGGCGCGGGUGUUGAUCUUCGCACGCGCGAGUAA